AAAGCUUCUAUCGCCGACUCCCCGUUCCCCCGAAAUCGGCAGGCGGAGAGGGCGGAUCCGAGAAGAGCCGGCGCGAUGAGCUCCCCGGCGAGGUCGACCGUCUCGGCGGCGAGUGGGGGAGCCGUUUCAGCCGCCGAAGACGUCGCCGAUUUCAUCGACGCGCUGUACCGCAAGGACGAGGCCAUGGCUGAACUCAAGUCUGAGGUGAUGGAGGCGCUGCAGAGGGAGGUGAGGUCGCUCGACGACGACAGCUGGAUGUUCGCCGCGCCGCGGUCCCGCAUCAACCUCGUCUCCAGGCCUGGUAAGAAGAGAACACAACAACAGCAAGGGAUUCUUCCUCAAAAUAGUUGCAGAACUUGGUUUUCUGGUGCUUACCUGCCCAAGCAACACGGAAAACUCUCGGAGCUGGGGCAGGCAUCCAAGAAAACAAGGAACUUCUAGGGUGUAGAUGCUUGUGCUUGCAAGAAGCCUAGUCCAUGACUCCAUGAUGGUAGUGAAGGCUGGGAUUCCAUCUAUGCUGUAGCAUCAAGGAUGAUUUGGUCCAGUUUCAAAUCAAUCUGGUUGCUUCCUGCUAAUUCAAUUUCAGGCACAUGUAUGGAUUUUCAAGUGAUUGAGAUGUCUAUGUAAUGGUAUUGUUCAUGACAUGUGCCUUUCCUAUCUUUUACAAACUCAGCCUGCCUUGUGUUUUACAUUCAUGAUCCAUCCUUUUCUUUCUGAAACAGAUAUGCAUGAUUUCUCAAGAGGUACAA